GAUUCCGUGGUCAUAUUUGGACGAAACUCAUCCCUGAGCGGUAUGGAAGUGGAACGAACAUUAAAUCCGACAUGCACCGGAACAUCAGUGGUGGCAGUCACCUACGAGGGUGGUGUUGCCAUCAUGAGUGAUCGGUUGGUGUCAUAUGGUAAAAUGGCAAGAUACAGACAUGUUUCGCGACAGUAUCGUGUCAAUGAUCAUGUGAUUGUUACAUUUGGGGGUGAUCAUGCUGAUUUCCAGUGGUUACAAAAUGUUAUCGAACGACAGGUUUCUUUACUGUCCAUUUCUAGAUGUAUGAUGCGCGCAUAUGAUGAGACUGCAGAUUUGAGUCCUCGAAUGUUGCAUGCUUAUCUCACAUCGUUACUCUACUAUCGUCGUUCACGUUUGAAUCCCAUUUGGAAUACGCUGAUUGUCGCGGGUAUGCAGAAGGAGAACGAUGAAUUGAAGCCUUUUAUUGGUGUUAUUACACAAAGGUUUGGACCUUUUACUAUUAUUAUUAUUAUUAAAAAUGCGCAAGUUUAUGACUCGAAUGAAAAAGUUAUGUUCUGGGUAAGCUAUCACAGAUUCAACUUUGAGCAUCUCAUAUUUGACCCAUAUUUCCCUCAUUUGUUUGAGGCAGGAAGAAUGGAUUCAGAGUUUUUGCAAAACUCGUAA